AUGGAGGAGUCACUCAAUGAUGCACAGAGAGCCCGUUUACCUACGCUAUAUGAGGUUCUAAACCAACAGACAGCAGCUCCACUAGAUCUGUGGUCAUUUUAUACAUAUCUAUCACAGUAUCCAAAUGCCAUAGUGUAUCUUGAUUUCUGGACAGAUGUAAUGGCCUAUCUUCGUUUAUGCAAGGACUAUGUGAAGGGAAUUCGUGAAUCUGUGCUGGAUAUUCAUCUAACUGAUACACCAAAUCUGGCGGAUAUGGGCGAUGUUAAUGACUCUGUAAAGAGAGAAUCGGUCUCUUCAGCUAUGUUAUUGGAAGCUUUAAUGAACGAUGGGUAUUUAGACUAUAACGACUCGAAGCGAGUAAGCCAAUUUCUUAAAGGUGAAACGGACUCCCCCCGCUUAUCGCAACUGUUAAAUGAUUGGAAACAAAUGAAUAAUGAUCAAACUGAUUUCAAUGAUUUUGUCGAUGGCCUAGUACAAGAGAAAGUGUCGAAAGAUAUGAAGCCAAAACUGACGAUAAAACAACUAAUAUCCAGCGCACAGGAUAUCGUCAAGACGUAUCUACUAUCUCAGGAAGAAAGUGAUAGAUUCUUGUACGAAAUUCCCCAAUACUUACGAGAAGAUACUAUUCGUCUGGUAAUGCAAGAAAGGAGACAUGAUCCAGAGGUCUUCGAGCCAAUACAAGAUAUAGUGUAUCAAUUCUUGGAAAUGGACUGUUUCCCAAGAUUUUUGGGCUGUGUAGCUCUACACAAUUUGCACGACGAGAUUGUUUUGUUUGCACCCAAAACGCCUAAUCCAUUUUAUGGCAAAACAAGCUCUCCAUUUAGUCAUUGGACAACAGCUUCCCGGAUUGCUGUUGGUCUUGCCUGGUGGCUGGCUGGUUUAUGGAUAGGAUAUACACUGAUAUUUAUGGGUUACGCUAGAGGAAUACGUGUGGUGUGUAUAGUUCCUUUCUUCUUGGGAUCAUACUAUCUCGUUUCAGGAGUCUACCUAGUGGAUAUACUAUACGCAUUUAGCGGAGUAACACAAACGCUAGUAUCAAAACGCAAGAUCGACGAUGUUGAGCUGAAUAAAAUGAGUACACAUCGUUCAAGUUCUCUACAUUCAAGACAUGAUGUACCUUGGUGGUUGAUUGUUUUCGGAGGUAGAUCAAGGUUGUGCAAAAUAAACCAUCCUUUCGUCAAUUCCAUCAUGAUUAGACGCGCGGCUUGGUGUCUGAUCCUCGUCCUAAUCAUAACAGGUAUUUUAACCGCAAUUUUUGCAGCCGUUCCCAGCCACAAAUUACAAUAA